AUAAACAACCUGAAAGAACUAAGUGUUUUAGCGUAAGUUCUUGUUGCUGUGGUAGAGGAGAGAGGAUGGAGAUUGCAGUCGAAAUAACCUCCAGAGAGACUGUCAAACCGUCUUCUCCGACCCCGGACCACCUCCGCCACUACCGGCUCUCGUUCCUCGACCAAAUCUCCCCGCCAGUCUAUAACCCCUAUGUCCUCUUCUACACCCCACAAAACGAAGGUGAUCAAUUCAACAUAGAUGGUAUAUCCAGCAAGCUCAAAGCCUCCUUAUCUUGCAUCCUCGCGCAUUUCUACCCCUUGGCGGGCCGCCUCAAAGGCAACGUCUCAGUCGAAUGUGAUGACGAGGGAGUGCCCUACUCCGAAGCCAUCAUCAAGUGCCGAGUUUCUGAUUUUACCGAGAAUCCGGACCCGACAGAGCUAAGGAAGUUGGUUCCUUUCGCUCUUGAUGCCAUCGGCGAAACAACCCUAGGUGUCCAGUUUAAUAGAUUCGAUUGUGGUGGGAUCGCCGUAGGGAUAUGCGUGUCACACAAGAUUUUGGAUGCGCUAUCGUUGGUCACUUUCGUCAAAAUGUGGGCAGCCGUCUGUCACGGUGAAGAGAUACUAACGCCUCCUCAAUUCGCCUCAGCCGAGCUGUUCCCGCCCAAGAACAUAUCGGGGUACGAACCGAGCAUUGGGAUUACCAGAGACAACAUAGCUACCAAGAGAUUCAUUUUCAAAACCGAUAAGAUAGAGACACUGAAAGCCAGGUAUUCCAAAGAAAUGGACCUGGACCAAAAUCGACCCCCGUCACGCGUCGAGGCUUUAUCGGCCUUCAUCUGGAGCCGCUUUGCUCGGUCUACAGGGGUCUAUUCUGAACGUAGCAAGACAUGCGCCGUCAUUCACGCGGUGAACUUGCGGACCAAGUUCGACCCUCCGUUACCGCCCCAUUCCUUCGGGAACUUCUACCGGGUGGCGAUGACUUUCUUGCCCAUGGACUCAGGGGAGGAGUGCUACGGGCUCGUGGCCAAAAUGAGAGAGAGUGUGAGCAGAAUCGACAAGGGGUACGUGGAGAGGCUCCGCGAAGGGGACGAGCACCUGAACUUCAUCAAGCAGAAUGCCGAGGUGUACCUCAAAGGAGAGCUGCUGACCAUGAACUUCACCAGCUUGUGCCGGUUCCCAGUGUACGAGUCCGAUUUUGGCUGGGGUAACCCGACAUGGUUCGGUUCACCAGCCCUAACUUUCCAGAACCUUGUGGUCUUUAUGGACACCAAGUCUGGUGAUGGUGUGGAGGCACAUAUAAGCUUGAGGGUUGAAGACAUGGCUGCUUUGGAAAGUGACGAGGAGUUCAUGGAAUUUGUGAUUUCUCCAGGAAAAGAACACUUUUCGGAGUGAAUGAUGUAGAGGUUUUACACUUAUUUAAGAUCUGAAUAAUUAUGGUGUUAUACAUUGAUCCAUCAAACGAAUUUACCAGCAGAAAGUACAGAGAGUUGCAAUCUCUCUCUUGAAAUUUA